AUGGCGGGCGCGGAGACCAGCUGGAUGGCGCCUGUCUGGAAGGCGCUCGGGUGGGGUGGGUCUGCCACGUCAGGGAAGGACAGUGUCUCCGACAAGUGCAACAUAGCUGAGAGUACUGCAGACCGGCAUAUGCACUUCGAGCCCAAUCAUUCAACGGAGAUCGAGCGCUGCGCCUCCCUACCCGCGCGCGCCACCUCCCCGACCCAGCCCGAGAGCUUCCCCUCCGCCCGGUCCUCCCGCGCGUCCGACGACGACCUCCCUUAUACCAAAAACACCCCCCUCCACUUACUCGACGCUCAGACCUUCGUGGGACGGUUCUCCGGCGACUCCGGCAUCCCCGAAGGCGACGUGCCCCCGCCAUCCCCCGGAGCCACCCGCCUACGGCUCCCGGACGGCCGUGACCCCCUCCGGCUGGGCGAUGAGUGGCGGGAAGCGCGACGUAGGAGACGGGCGCUGGAGGACUGCGUGCAGUGCACGGUGGCCGAGCGGCGGGCGUCGAGGCUGCGGAAGAAGCUGGAGAAGAAGCUGCGGGGCCACCUGGCCGGCCGCGUCGUGCAGGGCGCGCCGUACGUGCCGAACGACCCGGAAAGGAGAGUGAUGGAAGAAGUGCCGCCGGACGCGAAGCCUUACGCGUCCGCGCACCACGUGGCGCUGCGGCGCGAGCCGGUCGCGUCGGGGCUGUGCGGGCCGAAGUGCGCCGUGCUCGUGAAGGUGCGGCACGGGCGGGAGGAUGCGGUGGCGGUGCACGUGGACGCGGUUGAGGUGGAGGUGGGGAGUGAGGAGGGGGGUGUUCAGUUGAACCCGCGGCUGUUGCACACGGCGGCGGUGGCGGACGGGCCGGUGCGGGUGGAGCAGAGUAUGGACGGGCGGUGGACGACAGGUCUAUGUGGGCCGUUCGGCGGGCCGUGCCCGCUCAUGGUGCAGCCGUGGCUGUGCAUCAAGUCGGCCCUGCUGGCCACCACCCUGCCGUGCGUGGCUGUGGGCCGCAAUCGGCAGAUGCUCACCGAGGACGCCGAGACAGGCGCGGCUGCCACCAUCAGCUACCUGCUCAGAUGCCUUCCGAUCUGGGUCGUCGGAUGGCUGCUUCCGCCGGUCGGCAUCGCGGUCUGCCUGUGCUGUACGGCGCUUGGCAACUGCAAGAGCCGCGGGCAGCUGCGGCGCAAAUACGGCAUCCGCAGCGCGCGGUUUUGUUUCGUCAUACCAUGCCACGACUGCCUCGUGCAUUGCUUCUGCAGCCCCUGCGCCAUCGCGCAGGAGUUCCGCGAGCUGCACCUGCGCCUCGACAGCCCCAUUGAGCGCGUCCUCAACGUGGCGUGCCUCGAUCCACCUCCGCCAGCGUCGAUGCACCGCGGCGCCAGCAAGACGGGGUCGCGGCGGCUCAGCGGCACGGCGACGCAGUCAGUCAGGGUCGCGAACUCCGGCACCGAGGUCUUCGAAAGCGUGAGCGCCGCGCAGUCCUGCAACGGCGCCUCCCAGACCGACGCGUCAUCGCCAUCGCGCAAGACGUUGCUGCAGCGCGUCGUGGAGCUGGCGACGAAGGGCGCGCAGCCGCGCCUGGACCCCGACAGCGAGGUGGCGCGGCGCGUGUGGCAGGCCCGGCGGCGGGAGUUCGCACACAACAUGCGCACUAUGUACGUGGACGAAAACGCCGCGUAUCUGCGGGAGGGCGUGCCGCGCGUGGCGCAGCCGGGGCCGCUGGCGUCGCGCACCCCGCGGAAGGUCCCCGGGCCGAAGGAGGGGGAGUUUUUCGUACCCCCCCACGACAAUCGGAGCCGGUACGACAUGUACGGCUUCGUCAACCGCCACCACCUGCGGCUGCGAGAGACGGCGCGCAUGAGCUGCCUGACCACGAUCCGCGAGACCGUGACCCGCUCGAACCACGGCAUGGUCGCGGACCGCCCCGCCGCGCCGUGGCAGCCGUGGUUCCUGCGCGGCGACCUCGUCGUGGGCGACGUGGAGGUGGCGCGCCUCCCGCGGCUGUCAGAGGGCGUGGACGAUUUCGACAGCGAGGAAGAGCGCGCGAGGCUCUCGCGCGUGACGUCGUGGGUCGGCACCGUCGACGAGCGCCUGUCCGGCGCGCAGACCGCGUUCUCGUGGCAAACGGCGCGCCGCGGCGGCGCAGCGGGGUCCAUUGCCGCAGCGCCGUCGCGCGCGGUCCAGGAGCGCAUCUCCGCGAAGCCGUCGACGUUCUCGAAGAAGAAGACGGUCGUCCUGAGACAGCCGAGGGGGCCGGUCUCGCGUUUGAGCGAGUUCUCUGCCAAUCGGAGAGAGAACGAUACUGAUUCAAGUCUCAUACGCCCUCUGAGCUGGGUCAAGCGUGGGAAGUCGUCGCGCGACCCGGAGGACGAGGUCGUGCCCUGGAGGAGCGCGGCCCCGGCCGGGAACGUGGCCCGCGGGUCGGCGAUCGGGUCAAGUAUGCUGGGGGCGCUUUCGAUCCCGCGCAGGCUGUUCCAGCGAGGAAACAGGAUGGACUCGUCGGACGAGGAGCUGGACAUGUCGGGGGCGGUGCGGGGGCGCGUGGAGAUCGAGCUGGAGGCGGGGAGCGUGGACAGCCUCGACGACUACGGUUGA